AUGGUUACGUUAACGUGGCGUUCGAAGACGCUGCUGUCGCUCAUUGCGUUCGUCUCGAUCUUCGUCUUCGCUGCAAGCCCUCCGUGGGACAAGUUUUGGCUCGUGUUGCUGUUCAUAUUCAGCCUUUUCCUGAUGUUCGACGUAUUGUUCGUGACGCCCAGGCACUUCGACUUCGACCCUUUUUACAGCAAUUGGGAAGCUCGUCAAAACGACAAAAGGGAUUAG